GUCAGAAAACUGACACGUGGAUUCUCUCCACAGGAACGUCAGGACAAGCACACUCCCGCUCCUUCUCUCAGUUUCCGGUCGUCUGUCCUUGUAGCUUUUCCCCGGCUCGUUAUGUUUCUCCCAGCGCUAAAAGCACGACGUGUCUUACUGCCCACGUUGCCGGGAAGAAAGUGAAGUAACCAGUCGAAGCUGGGAAGAGAGAGGGGGGCUGCAGCUACCGAGCAUUGAAUGGCCGUGACUCAAAAACAUGGGAAGAACUAUGGUCCAGAUCUGGUCUGUCACAAGGAGCACCAUCCACUCGACAAGAUCGGCGUCCCUGGGUGUCACAAGAAGUGGGAUGAAUACAACAAUCACUGGCCGCGGCCCUUGGCAAGGAUAUGGACAGUGGUGCUCCUACUUGGGACCUGCCUCCUCUACUGUGCCCGGGUGGCGAUGCCCAUCUGUGCAGUCAGUAUGGCAGACAAGUUCAACUGGAGCAAGAGAGAGUCCGGUAUGGUUCUGGGCAGCUUCUUUUGGGGGUACUGCUUCACCCAAGUGUUGGGAGGCUAUGUCAGUGACCGGGUGGGAGGAGAGAAAGUCCUCCUGCUCUCUGCAGCUGCCUGGGGCUCGAUGACAGCCUUUACCCCCUUCUUGGCUCAUUUCUGCUCCCAGCCGAUGUUCUCCAUGACACUGGCCCGCUUCCUCAUGGGCCUUUUGCAAGGUGUUCAUUAUCCUUCUUUGGCAAGCCUGUGCUCACAGAAGGUGGUGGAGAGUGAGCGAGGCUUCCUCAUGAGCACUGUGGGCAGCGGCUCAUACCUGGGCACUCUUGUGAUUGGAGGGGCUGGUUCCCUCAUGCUGGACCUAUAUGGAUGGGAGAGCGUGUUCUAUGUGUCAGGUCUGCUGGCUGUAAUUUGGGCAUACUGCAUGUGGAAAUACUUACUCAAAGGAGAAGGGCCCAUUAUCUCUCUGGAAUCCCUGGGAAAUAGUGGUCCGCAGGCCAGACUAGCCAAAAGACAUUGGUUACGGCUCUUCAGACAACCUGCAGUCUGUGCCGUGAUCAUUACGCACCUUUGCACAGCAAGCACCUUCUUCACUCUGUUGUCAUGGCUGCCAACCUUCUUUAUAGACACUUUCCCUGAUGCUAAGGGUUGGGUGUUCAAUGUCAUUCCUUGGUUGGUGGCCAUUCCCUCAUCCCUUUUCAGUGGUUGCCUGUCGGACCAUCUAAUUAGUCAAGGAUUCGACACAGCUAACGUGAGGAAGUUAAUGCAGUUUUUUUCCAUGGGUGUUUCCAGUGUGUUCACCAUCCUUCUCUGUGGCAACAUCACAUUCUCUUGGGCCAUAGCCUAUGUGUCGGCCACUAUGGGCCUCACCACCUUUAGUCACAGUGGUGUGUCUGUAAACGUUCAAGACCUUGCUCCGUCUUGUGCAGGAGCCUUGUUCGGUGUUAUGAACACAUGCGGAGCAUUCUCAGGGGUCCUCAUGGUAUAUUUCUCGGGGUAUCUCAUCGAGUCCACAGGCUCAUGGGCCUCCAUGUUUGGUCUCAUCACCGCCGUCAAUCUGCUUGGCCUGUGCACUUUCCUGGUUUUUGGUCAGGCCCGCCGCGUCGACAUUGACCCUAGCAAGAUUCGCCACCACCAUACCCGCAUCUGAAUACUCUGUCCUUAAAGAGAGUGGAGGAGUUUCAUCCUUAUCACGGGAGGUGUGUGUGUCUCUCUCUGUAUCUCUGUAGCUCAUAGACAGACACACAUGUGUAAAAGGUGUGUUAAGCACACAGCUGAGUCUGCUUAUUAAUCACAUCAUCACUUGACUCCAAAAAAUGUUUGCCAUUGCUGGUGAAGGAUAUCAGGGAAAAAAAGCACACCAUGCUUAAAUGUCAACUAGCUACACCUUGUAGUUUGUCUCUGUUAGGUAGUUUUCAUCUGCCCUUUCUCAUUUAUUUGCUUGUUUAACAUAAACAAAAAUACAUUUUCACAUAAAUUUGGGGGAGGGUCGGGCUUUGGCCCGAGAAGAUAUCAUGAAUUCAGAAAACUGCACAUUAUUGUUUACUCACUUGUUAGCAGUCUGAAAUGUUCUAUAUUUUAUUAAUUCCUCAGUACAAACCUCAUUUAAUCUUGACAACAAAAUUAAUGGAUAAGGUAAUUAUGAGGCUGUAACCCAAAGCACUUCUACAAAGUCAUCUCAUGACUGAGUGUUUUUCCAGUUACAAAAAGAUUAAGCGUUAGUUUCUUAGUUUUUUUGUUUUUGGGGUAGUGGUGAUGUGCUAUUGUCCCCAUCGCCAUGGUUACACAUGCCUGUUACAGAGAGGUGCAAAAAGAAUGAGUUUGUUCAACCAGUUUGUCGUAUCAGCAAAUGUAUAAGCAGAAAGACCAAAGUUACUGAAAAUGUUUAGUUUCUUAGCUUUUUUUAUGUCUUUGCAUGCUGUAUUUGCAAUCAUUUUGAGUACCUAUAUAUUUAUACGGCUUAAAAUUGUUUUUGCAGUCUCAAAAUAUUUUUAGAGAGCGUAAAAGUUUGCAAACAUGAUGCAGUAUGAAUGAGACUAUAAACCUCUGUAGUCUUUAUUAGAGUCUCGGUGGAAACACCUAAUGCACUUACUGUAAAACUGUCAAGCAACAGGAAGUCAAGUCAGUGUUUGAGGUAUUUGUGAUAGGAUUCUCUGCGCACUAAUUUAUCAUGCUCUCCUCUGAUGUACAGUGCCCAUGUCAUACACUGACAUGAUGAAUGUUGCAGGCCUUACAUUUUUACAAAGAUCUGUUUUGUUCUAUUGUUACACAUUUGGAACAAAAAUCAAAUGUAAGACUUAAAAUGAAUGCUUGUAGCUUUUAGUUUCUGUUAGAUGUCAUGUCUAACUUGACUUUAGUUGACUAUGCAUCUAGAUUUUUGUGCCUCUUUGGAAGUCCGGGUGGGUUUAAUUGUGUCAUUUUAUCUUUUCUUUAUUUUCACCAAACAGCACAUCGUGUUUUAGAUUCUGUAAUGGCUGUUUGUAAAAUCCACCUUAUUAGUUGUUGCAAAAAUGGGAGUUCAGUGUUGUUUGCAUACUUUGUAUGUAUGUAACAACCAGUAGAAUACCCGAUAUGGCUAUUUAUAGUAAUACACAUUGACAUAAACAGGGUGUUUCAAAAAUCGGAUAUCAAUUACAAUAUCAAGUAAUUACAUGUCCUGAGGGAAAUUGUAAAAAAGGCUUUGUUUUUGGAAAAAUACAAUAUGUAUUACAAAUUCAACAGCACUUUAAAAAAACAUUUCAAAACUAUACUCAACUUAAAAUUAAUUUUCAUGCCACAAUAUGUGUUACUUUAUCAGCUCAACAAAUACUUGAUAUUCCUUAAUUUUUUUGUUUACCACAUUGUCCGUCCAUGAUGUUCUGUCGUCUUUCUGUUACUAUCCUGCCCAAUGUUGUUAGUACAAUCAGUUGCUCUUGCUGGGUUCCCCUGAUAUUUUUGAUUAAAACAUAAAUCUGUAAUUAAGAAAUGCAAUACUGAAGGAAAAUUCAGUGUUGUAAUUUAAUUACGCUGUAAUUUAAAUGCAUGUCCUAACUUUGAAUAAAAAUUUAUUUUGUCAACA